CGUUAGGGGAAAGUUUCAAAUUAUAUGAGUUGAGAGACCUACCGAAGAAGAGAGCUGCCUAAUCUCGAUAAACGUUUCUGCGAUUUUGGGGAUUAAAAUUAGGGUUUUGGAGACUAUGGGAGACUCCUCCGUCUGUCUUGUGAGAUCCUUCUCGCAACCUUCAGAAACUUCGUCUCACGAGGUGAUUCCUCGUGGUGUACUUACGGAAUCAGUAUCCUUCGGUAGAUUCGCGUCGGAGACUCUACAGUGGGCGAAGUGGUCAGCUUUUACUCAGAACCGUUACUUGGAAGAGGUUGAGAGGUUCACAAAGCCUGGCUCUGUGGCGGAGAAGAAAGCCUUCUUUGAAGCUCACUUCAAGAACCGAGCUUCCGGGAACACUACAACAACAAAGACUGUGUGUGAAGUAGUACAGAAAGAGAAUCUCAUUGAUUCUGAAGUAAGGCAUGGAGAUGUGGUGAAGACUAGUCAUGAAACUGUGUGUGAAGUAGUAGUAGUGAAAGAGAAUCUACUACCACUUGUGGAUGAAGAGGUGUCUAAUGCUGAGGUGGGUUCUGUUCCACCUCCAUCAGUUUCUGUAACAGAAGCAACAGUUGCUGAUCUUCAAAUCGGGGAAGUGAAGGAUACAAUUGCUGAGAACAUUGAUUCCAUGGCUGUUGAUGAAGACGAGGAACUUGACAAGGAGAAUUCUAUUUCUUUCAGCAAAGAAAGAUGUUCUAGUUCUUCCAUGCCUGUUCCUGAAGACGAGGAUCUUGACAAGCAGAGUUCUACUUCUUUGAGUAAAGAAAGGCGUCCUAGUUCUUCAGGAUCAAAGACCUGCAGUAGAAGUUCAAUUCCAGAACCCUCCUUGUCUGUAGGACUGGAUCUGCCACUUAAGAAACCAAGGAAAGAGCCCCUUUCGGCUAGGAAAAGGUCAACUAGUAGUGUAUCGGAUAACCAAAACAGAUCACCUCACAUGUCAAUCAAUUGUCCUGCUGGUAAUGCCGACAAAAAGAUGCCCCAGGACGGUUCUAGAAGCAGUAAGGAUAAAAGGAAAGCAGACAAUAAGGAGAGAUCAGGUCCAAGUUCAGUUCACAUGCCACUCAACUCUGCUAUCUCUACUCGACAAACGACCAAGACAGGUCCAAAGAAGCUACUACCAAGAAGAUCCACUACACAGGAAACAAGUUCAUCAAAUGCUGGAACCAGUUCAAAUCCGAAGGGCAACGAACCAACAGUAGCUUCAAAAGGCCGCAAGAGACCAUUGUCUAGAGCAGCCAAUGAAGAUUCAGAUGCUCCAAAAUGUUCAACCAGAGCCUCUGCUUUCAGGUUACUAAAACUUCCUCCUCCCAAUACUCGGCCACUAGACGAGAAAAGGAAAAACAUAACUGUAGGCAGUUCAGUUUCUUGCAGAAUACCCAACAAUGUGCAAAGACAGCCUUCUCCGAGCUGCGAUAAUAUUUCAACUCAUAGCAGAACUAGAGCAAAGUCAUUCACUGUUUCUUCUCCCUUCAACUUCAGAAGUGAUGAACGGGCAGAAAAGAGGAAAGAGUUCUUCAAGAAGCUAGAAGAAAAGAAAAGGAAAGAAGAGGAUGCUGUCAAAGAGCAAGUUAGCGGUGUUCAGGCACCAAUGAUAAGUCUGACUUCUCCAAGAUUCCGCAGGAAUCAAACUCCAGGAAGAGAGAACAUACAAAAGCCUCGUGAAUCUCCCCACAAAGUUUCCUCAGUGCAGACCUCUACCACCAGAAACCCAUCGACAGAGAAGUACAAACGCUGCAAGGUUCAUCCCUCGCUGACAAAGAAGAAAACUCAAGAAAGUUCGUCUCCUAACGUUCUAUAGAAGUAAGUAAGGUGCACAAACCCGAUCUGUCAUAUGUUUCAUUUCCUCUUCUUCAACACAGCUGAUAUUAAAAAAACACAACCGAUGAUCAUCAUGAAGAUUCAUCUUUUCACGUUGAAGAUUUCGAAAGUUUGUAGUUCAGCAUGUAACCUUGUCAAGCUUAUGAUAUAGGUAAACUAGCCCUUGAUUCAAACUGUGUAACGUAAGCUUUUAAGUAGUUGCGUAGUUGGAUAGAUAGAACUUAAUUCUCAAUAUUACUAUGUACUCAAUAGUUUUUCUUUACUAAUGACUGAGCAAAGUUCUUCUCUU